UGCUCUUUGGCCAGGAGAGGCGGAGCCUGAGCCAGGCUGGAGGGAAAGGAAGAAGGAAGGAAGGAAGGGGAAAGGAGGAGUGGAGAGCCGGGUGUUUACAAACAUGUGUGACUGCAAAGAGGAUGAUGAUGAUGAUGAUGAUGUCCCCCAGCUGUCCUCUGAAGCCUUAGCUGCUCUGCAGGAGUUCUAUAUGGAACAGCAGCAGAAAGAAGAAGACAUCAAGAUAGCAGGAGGAUCAGACAACUGUCCUCUUGGUUUGAUAGAAGAGAACUGGCAACUGAGCCAGUUUUGGUAUGAUACUGAAACUGCAGAGCGUUUGGCGAAAGAGGCUGUAAGAUCAGUUGGAAAAGGUGGCAGGAUCGCCUGCGUUAGUGCGCCCAGCAUUUAUCAAAAAUUGAAAGAACAGAAUAACGAUAAUUUCUCAAUGUGUAUAUUGGAAUAUGACCAAAGAUUUUCUGUGUAUGGAGCUGAGUAUGUUUUCUAUGAUUACAACGAUCCUUUGAAUCUUCCGGCCAGCCUCCAAGAACAUAGUUUUGACAUUGUCUUAGCAGACCCACCCUACUUGUCCGAAGAGUGUCUCAGGAAAACGGCAGAAACCAUAAAAUACCUAACAAAAGGGAAGGUUCUACUUUGUACAGGUUCAGUCAUGGAAGAACAUGCUGCAAAGUAUCUUGGUGUGAAGAUGUGCAAGUUUAUUCCAAAACAUACUCGAAACUUAGCCAAUGAGUUUCGAUGUUAUGUGAAUUAUGAUUCUGGACUAGAUUUUGAUGCUGUCUCUUGACAACAAGCAUAAAAUAUUUGUGACAUA